CGUCUGCAUCGCCGCUUCUAGGCCAGCCUCGCAGCUGUGGCUCGCUGAGAUUCCUCUCCCUCCUCGCCGUUCCUCCUGUCAGGAACCGCUGCUCUCUGAGACAUGGAGCUCCGGAUGAUCCCACCUGCUCUGCUCCUCCUGUCGGCCGCCUGUCUGCACUCAGUGUCCGCGGCGGCUUCAAGGAGAGGACCGAAAGUCACUGAGAAGGUGUUUUUUGACAUCACAGUAGGGGGUCACGAGGUGGGACGGAUCGUCAUAGGGUUGUUUGGAGAAGACAUCCCGCUGACUGUUGGUAACUUUGUUGCACUGGCAACUGGAGAGAAAGGUUACGGCUACAAAGGAACCAAGUUCCACCGAGUGAUCAAAGACUUCAUGAUCCAGGGCGGAGACUUCACUGUUGGAGAUGGAAGUGGAGGUCACAGCAUUUAUGGAACAACCUUUGCAGAUGAAAACUUUAAACUGAAGCACUUGGGAGCAAGCUGGGUAAGUAUGGCUAAUGCUGGGCCGGACACUAACGGGUCACAGUUCUUCAUCCUGGCUGCCAAGGCACCAUGGCUGGAUGGAAAACAUGUGGUGUUUGGCAAAGUUCUGGAGGGGAUGGCUGUGGUUCAUACCAUUGAACUGCAAGACACCAACGACAGGAAUCUGCCGUACACCGAGUGUGUGAUCGUUAACAGUGGCAGGAUCCCAGUCAAAGAGCCCUUCAUAGUGGAGGUGGAGGGAUGGUAAAGAAAGCUCAUACACGUUUCUAUGUAGGACAAAAAGUAUGUGAUGAUUACAUCCAGGUGCUUGAUCAGAAAUAAUUCGUAGUUACACAACUGCAUAUUGCAAAGCCCUCCUGGUACACUCAGAUAACAUUAAAAACCUGAACAGUCUUCUUAAGAGACAGUGGUUUGUCUUCUGGGCUUCCAUAGAAAAUGACAGACUCCAUGUAAUAUGAUUGACUUUAUUGGUCCCAGAAGUUUCAUCUGUAGCUUCCCAUACACAACCAUCCAUUCUCACGAACACACACACACAUAUGGCCCACUCCUCUGGUCAUUUCCAUAAUGUCUGUAAAUAAAAAAAUAACCAGUGUAACAACUGUGUAUUAGGAACAGGGUAAGCAUAAAACAAGCGAACAUGAACAUAAAGCCUUGAAUACUGCGCAUUACGAUAUCACAAAAUUAAUUCAUACAUUUUCGUCUGUUUAUGUUCGUCCAUCCUGAGCGUUAUCUCUGUAACUACCCCACAUACCUCUGUGGGUCUUUUGCGUUGGUAUGGACACAAUAUUUCACCUAGAGGGCAGUGCUGAGUCCCAUUAAAAAGGGUCCCGAAAUAGACUAAAACGCAAGUGGAUUUCGAAAUUGAAAUUUGAAAUUGUCAACUUGUCAAAGUUCCUCAUGCAUCAACGGUGUAAAAGUAUUGCUGUUACUGCUUUUGUUGUUUACAGAAUUAUACACACAGUUCUGUCCUACGAGUGUUAGGGGAACAUGUUGAAUAAUAAUGAAUGCAAUACUGGUUAAUGUGUUUUUCACUUGCAUGUUAGUGAAUGUAGCUGUAACACUACAGUACAUGCUUACAAUGGCAGCAUGUAAAAGUCUCCAAAAGUUAUUUCUGAUUUAUGAGAGGUGACAUAAAUGACAUUUUAAACUUAAAUUAUUCAAAGCAUUUAUCAGUGACAGUAAUUGUCCAACAAAUGUCCAAAGGGACAUAUUAUAAACUUCCUGAUGAAAGCUAGGGAAAAUAAUAAUCUAGUAAAUCUAUACAUUUUCAAUCUGUAGUUGAAAUAAAACAGCCUCCUAGUUAAAGUUAUCUCAUAUAUGGUAUGAGAUUUACAGUUUUAAAUGUGCAGUUUUACAUGUACACAUAAAUUAAAAAUAUUUUUUCUUUUUUUAUAAAAACAAACAAACUUAAUACAUUUACAUAAAACAUGGUUUUAUUUAUUUUUUCUUAUCACUGAAUGAAAUCAGUGCUGUAACUAUUUAAUGGUACUAUUUGUGAAAUACAUAAAAGAUGGCACCUUCUAAAUUAUAAAACCUGGAAACCUGGACGUUUUCAGAGUUGAUUGAUGACAAUUCUUCAAUAUAUCGGGUGCACUGUGGUUCAUGCUGACAGUUUUUGUAUAUGAACAUAUUUGAACACUUGGAUGGUGCCACUGAGCAUCAUUCAUAAAACGUAGCUAAAUAAUUCACAUGCGUUUUAACAAAUGAUUGGUGCUAUGAAAUCAAACAUAAUAUCAUGGAAACUUGCACUUACAUAGUAAAUAUGUAGUUUCUCAUAGUGUUGUUGCCAAAUCAUCUCCUAUAUUGCCAAAAACACACUUUUCUAUGCAUUUGAUCCAUGUUUAAAUAUCAUUUCACAACAACUUGGUAGCAAGUGUCAUACUAUUCAGACACUUUAACAUAUCUAUUUGUUGUGUGUGAUUUAAAGUCUCUUCUUCCAAAUUUUCUAUGCACAGCAUACAAUUAAAAAAAUACAGCACAUAUGGUAGCAAGAGAAAAGUCCAAAGUGUAAUCAAUGUUGUCUAAAUAAUGAAUUUGAUUGUUGACGUGUACUUGUGUUCAACAGUUUUAUUGUCAACCUUCCCUGUUGUUUUGUAAGGCUGUCCCUGUCAUUUCAAUUGCAUCCAAAAACUGAAGUUAAUGCAGCAUGUCAAGAGUAUGUUAUUUAUAGUUACUGUGCCAACACAGCAUUUUUUACAAUAAAAAAAUACUGUUGCAAAAUG